AUGGUUACUAAGAGUAGUGUCAGCUGGUACGUUGUGUGAGUAGGUUGGAAGACCUGUGCGUGUGUGACGGCAUCUCAUAUCUGACGAGGCAGGAGAGAGAGAGAGAGGGAGGGGGAGCUUUACAGGUGUCGGCGUAGCCGUUCAGAAACAUGAUCUGGGACUGGCCCACAAGCAAGGGCUGACAACCACCUACCUGUCUAUUUCGAGGCGCCCAGCAGCCCGGGAGGGUAAUAUUUUUAGCCAUGGGGAGUAGUGGGCACGAAGAAGGAACCUGGAGGGUAUUUUGGGCAUGGGUAGAGGGAGCCACUGGCAACAUGGCGUUGGCCCUCCGGGGCUUAGUUGAGCAAGUGCUUUCGUGGACGCCUGUCGGUGCCCUGGGCGGGCACCUGGGUCUUUGGACCAGCAUGGAUACCCUUCACACCCUCCUGGUGGGGUGGCUCGUUUUCGUGGUGUUGAUCCUCGCCAUCGGCGGCUUCUUUUAUGUGAAGUUUGUGAAACGUCUCGAGGAGGAAAAGUUGCUCAAAGCCGCCGCCGCCGCUGCCGCCAGUUCAGGGCUUCCUGAAGGGGAGGAUGAGGAGGAGGAGUACGACGAGGAGGUUCCUCAGGGCGCGGCGUCGUCGUCGAGGUCCGCUGCUUCCGGCCGGGGAGGAGGCAGGUCGCAGGCGCCCGUCGCCGGGAAGAAGAAGAAGAAGAAGGUCGAAGCCGCUAGGAAGCCCACCAUCGUUCCCGAUGGGCCCAGGGAACCCGUCGAUGCUCCUGUGGCCACGGGAGCCGACCCCGACGCCGUCAAUUGGACUAAUAACAUUUUCACGUGGUUCUAUAACAGCGUGGAUGGGGGGCCUAUCAUGACCAAGACCUGGUUGGAGACCGUCAGUGAAAACACGGUCAAAACUGCGCUUGAGACUGGCAUCCUGGUGGAGGUGGUGGAGGUCUACAAGUCGACGCCAGGCCCCGUCCUCUCCAACAUGGUGGUGGACUGUACUCCCAGCGAUAACAUGACGAUAACGUGCGACUGCGACGCCAUUGCCUACAUCCGCCUGAUCACGACUCGAACCCAGGGCGAGGAGACGACCGAGAGCGAGUACGCAUGCGUCGUCAACCCCCUCCGCGGGAGACUCAACAUCGCCAUCAUCACCGAACAGCUGAUGACCGUCGUCAAGUUUGACGGCUGGCCGGAGGUUGGAAUCGAAUUAGAGGGCAUCCGCAACAACGCGACAGGAUUGCACGAGCAGUCUAUAGUGGAUGUGGUGACGGAAGUCGUCACGUCGGCCGUGCGAAACUCGGUUCUCGAAAUGAACUUCCAGAACGUCAGUACCUUCCCAAGGUUCCGGCGAGCGAGACAGGCGCCCGACAAAAUUAUCCCUGUCGGCUAUGAUGCAAUGGUACGUGAGUUACAAACACACCCACCUGAAGUUGGUAAACCAAAGUCUGUACCUCUUAGUUUGCACCGUGACGAAGAACUCGUGGAGGCCGGGGAGUCCUUCACGUCGCUCCCCUUUUCCCAUACCUUGUCUCAGCAAGGUGUGUUAACUACUAGUGAGGAACAGCUGAUAGUUAGAAAUCUGAACAAAUACCCUUCUCUUGAAAACACAGAGCUUGAUGCAGAUGACGUUAGUGAGUGGCAGAAAUCUUGGGAGCAAAAUUACGUCCCUGCUUCAGAGCUUCCUGCUGAGGAAAUUGUGUCCAGUGACAUUACAGAUGCAGGUGAAGUUCUGGCAGAGAUCAGAGAGCCUUCACCUUCACCUUCCCCGACGAAAAACUUUGUUCUCAUAGCAUCCAACAGAUCAAAGCUCAUUGACGAGCCGAGAAAUGAAUUGACUAUAGAGGAAAUCAUUGACGACGAGGUAGAAAGUGUAGUUAAAGAUGCACCUGAUGAGCCUUGCCUAAGAAGAGUGAAUGGUAGUGCACGCGACAGUAUUCUUGCUACGCCUGUGAUAGAGCCUCCAAAGAAAUUGGAGGAAGAAGACGAGGAGGACUUGGACCACCCACUUCGUUUAGAGGAGAUGGAGUUCACUGACAAGUCUCUAACUGGUACCUCAGGUGUUGGGCCUUUGCCAGCCCUUCCCGGCCUCCAGAAGGGACCAUUCGUAAGUGAAGCAUGUAGAGUGGAAGUUAAGGUUUCUGAAAACAAUAAGCUUGGAGCUAGUGUUCAGACUGCAUCUUUUGAACCAAGUGUGCCUUGUGACCUCUCUGAGUGUGACCAGGAGGAUACAGUCCCUAUGCAAACCCUCUCACAAUCCCCACCACAUAACAACCAACAGUCAGUUCAUGAUGAUCCUAGUGUGUGUCCUUUCACUGAUGCCGCUAAUUCACCCGACGAUUGCCAUGUAAACCUCCUCCAAUCCUAUGCUUCAACAUCUCUAGAGCUUGACACCCACUGUGCUUCUGCUUUCCAUGCAAUAGAAACUGACAGAAGCAGAGAGACUAGUCAUACUUCUUAUUAUCAUUCUUCUUCUGCAGAAAAUAGUAAUAGAGACUGUAGUAGGAAGGGUGAUGGACUCUCAGGAGAUUUUAUUUUUCCUAGGGAUACUGCUAUGCUAGAUACAGAUCUUAGGGAAAAUGAAACUGAGCUUGUAGUGGGGAAAAGUUUUGCAAAUUUGCAUGCUGACUUGAAUCAUGAAAGCACAUGCCAAAAAGGCAAAACCCUCAACACACACUACCAUGUCAUAGACAGUACACAAAAUCUUUCACUGAACUGCUGUCUGUCAGACAACAUUAAAUUUAUUGAUGACAGUGAAAGUGAAUUUGAAGGUGAGUGUGCCAAACGGGCUGUAGCAUAUGGAUAUUCAUCAGAGGAUAAUGAGGAGGAGGCACUCCUCAAGAAUGACCUAAACAGAGAACUUACUGCUUCCACGUGUGCCUUUGAGGGGAUGGGAAAUGAAGGAACUGAGAAGAGGAUCUGUCUGAAUGAAUUCACAGACAAUCUUUUCAAGCAGCUGGAACUUGAGGAAUCAGAACUUGUUCUUCCUGAGGAAAAUGUCGAAAUACUCACGUGGGAAGUCACAGAAGUGUACGAAACAAAUGAAAGGAACCUUCUUUAUUCAGAGGAUUCCAAAGAGGACUCGGACGAAACUCUGAGUGAGUCUGACGGGAGCACUGAAGAUGAGUCUGAAACCGAUUCAUCAGACUAUGACGUCAAGGAACUUCCUUACAAGAAAAUAAUAGAUUGUAAUGAAGAUGAUGUACCUGGAAUUGGUCAUUGUAACACCUACACAUUGUUGAGGGAGGAAUCUUCUGGUUUGACAGACUUGAACAAAAGUUCUUCCAGUGAUGAGACAAAUGAGCUUUCGAGUGACGAAGAGGUAAAUUAUGUUCUGGACAGAGAAAAUAGCCAAGAAAAUAACUUAGAUCCCACUGGCUUUGUCUUUAGGAAUCCUUCUUUUGAUUUGCCAAAUAAUACUAAUGUACCAAAUCCAGUACAUGAACUGGUUAUAACAAACAUGUCUGCGCAGGAGUGUGAAUUCCCCAUCAGGGAAGUGAUCAGCGACUCAGACUACGCUGGGUAUUUGAAAAGCGACACUAGCGAGUGUGAUGAUGCCGAGGAUGAGUAUUCUGAUGAGUGCCCAGAUGAUGGUAUGGCAAAACUGAGUGAACUAUCUGAUACCCUUGCUGAAACUGACGACGAAAAUGAAAAUACCCUGUUUGAGGACUAUACCUCUGUCUUGAAUAACACAAAUAUUAAGGUUCAGUCCUCUGAGGAACACCUCUUUACAAAGGAGACUUCUGAUAUUAACAUGCUGUCGAAUACUUCAAAUAUAACUCGGUCAUCAAAGGACUCAUUUGAUAACAUUAGUUCUGAUAGGGCUGAGGUUAUUGACUUCAACAAGAUUGACGACCUCAUAAGAGCAGUCAAAGAAGCCGACUGUGAUUCGGCUGUUGUUGACGACUCCUUUUCAAUCAGUGGGUCCCAAGAUUUUCCACAGGAAUACUUUCUCAAUAGCAGUUAUGAAAGAAGGUCACCACUGUCAGCCAGUGAACAAGCAGUGGAUGAGAAAUUUGGCUUUCAGAGUACAAAAUCAAAAUUUCUAAUGGGGAUGAUUAGUUCAGAAAAUGUUGCAGUUCAUCCAAACACUUUCUUUGGACGUCAUAAUUUAGACCUGACCACUUUUGGCGUGAGUGGAGAAAGGCAAAGACCUGCUGAUAAUGAAUCAGAUGUUCUUAGUAGAUCGUCAAGCAUUCUUAGCGAUGCUGUAGUAGGCAACUCUACAGACUCAGAGGAAGAGUUAAAAGGGUCUUUUCAAGAGGACCAGGACACUUUCUUAGAUGAGCAGAAUGGUUCUCUGGAUCGCAACUGGAGGACUACAGAUAUUGAAAAGAUUGCUGAGGCUGAAGUACAGUUACCCUCCUAUUCUGAUGCCUCGGGACCUUCGAUCAUAGAAACACAUUUCUUCUCAAAUGCAGGAGCUCAUAUGCCUCCAGCUACAGGGGUACAAACACCCCCAACUGGAGAAGCAAGUGUACCUUCCAAGAAAGAAGCAACAGCACCUGCACCAUGUUUCACAGAUUUAUCCAUGCUGUAUUUUCAGACACUUCAUGUGAAUAAGGCUGCUCACUCAGACAAUGGUUUUGGUGCGAAUGAACAGUCACAGUCACAGUCACAAACUCAAGUACUAAUAGAUGAGAGUCAAGAAAUAAAAGAAAAUACAAUUUUGUCGUCUGCCCUUAGUCGUGUAACUGAAAUUGAUUCGGAAGAAGUGGGUGUUAGGAGCUUGAACGAAACAAAAUCACAUUUGUCCCUUGAAGAGAAGCCUUGUCCCCCAGUUAGUUAUGAUGUAUCUGACAAGCAGUCCCAUAAAAGUGAUGGUAGGAAUGAAACAAAUAAUGUUUUGGAAUUUUCAGGAGAUUCUUUGCUAACUACCAAAUUUGUUCAUGUGGAUGCACUAACUCAGCUUGACACAGCUCGUGCACUAACACAUCAACAAGUCAGUAGUUCCCCUGGCUCCUCAUAUGAGUACAUUACCAGGGAUGAAUCGACAAGUGACGCGUCACUCACAUCUGGCUUGCCUCGUUGGAGCCGACCCCAGUCUUCCUAUCCCGUACAUGGCACAUCCAUGGUGGUCUCAAAUGUAUCUUCAUCAACUCAGGGGCAACCCAUGGGAAUACCCGGACUGAACGGCAAACGGCUUCUCGUGAAGAUUGUGAAGGCUGUUGGUAUAGGCUGUGAUAAGAGUGUUUCAGAGGCCUAUGCAGUUGUGGAAAUGGAUGAACCAGCACAGAAGUUUACGACAGCUGUUGUUAAAGAUACCAGUUCCCCCUUUUGGGAUGAGCAGUUUCUCUUUGAUCUCAGUGAAGGUACACUGGAAUUACUCUUCGAGCUCUACGACAAACUAGAUGGAAAUUUCUUAGGAUUGGGAAUUGUCGGUAUUGAAGAACUAGUGGCUACUCCUUCCCAGAGACAGAUUAUUCCCCUCCAGUCCAGACCGUACGAAGAUGAUGAAGUUUCAGGAUCUUUAACUGUAGAGUUUCUCUUCUUAGAUCGAGCAGACCUUCCAGACCUUACUCUCCGUUCCAGUGCAACCAGCCAGAGUUUAUCAUCGAAAGGUGAUCUCGUCACGACAACUACGACCACAUAUGUAAAGGCCCCAGAGUGCAAAGAUGUCAUCGUCAAUGGUGGUGAUGGUGUUGCUGCAGCUGUGUUGAGAGAUAUAGAAGAGAAGAAGGUUGUAGUUGCAAACAAUGCUAACAAGUCCACAAUGAUCAUCCAUGCCUCUAGAAAGGAAAUGACCAAGAGAGUGAUACAGGUCCAGCGAGCUCCUAGUGGUGAAUACAAGGAACUAAUGGUACAGCCAGGUGAGGAGGACGGGUACAACGAAAUACCUGUUGAAGAUUUGACUGCUCUGACGACAACAGCCACCACAACCACCACGACAGUCAGUGCGAGCAUAACUCAGAGUACAGCUGUUACCAACAGCGUAAUCGCCCCCUCGACCACUACCACCACUGCCAGCACCACUACUACAACGAAUACCGAAUCAAUAGAUCCCUCUGAUUUAGAUGAACGUGGUAGAAGUAGAGGUAAUCGCCGCAAACGAGAUUCUUUCUUUGGUACACUAAAAAAACGAUUUAGUCGAUCCAAAGUACGAUCCAAAAGUAUGGAUCCAGGGGCAAGAGACGCUUCAUUGGAUCGUGAUCCUUCAGUUGGCCGUUCAGUCUCCAUGGAAAGGGCAGCCAAUGUCCGAGCCUCAGAGGAGCAGCACGAAACUCCGCUAGUGCUUCAGGACCCCCUUUCCACAACUCCUGCCCACUACCUCUAUCUUUUACACUCCCAACGGUUACUGUCAGUGCCAGCCAGCGCAGGUGGAGAUGGAGGGUCUACAAGAUCAUCGAUAAGCGACACAUCAGCUAUUAGCAGUUCCUCUACCAGAACAUAUGUCAAUGAGGCCUCUACCCUCAUUGUAGAGACCAGCGAAAAUGGAAUUUUAAAACACUUCCUAAUCCCAUUGGCCCUACAGCAAAAAAGCAAGUGGAGGAAAAAAGGCCUAAAGCUUCAUGUUUUUGGAGAACACACAUUUAUUGCUAAGCAUAUGCCGAGUUCGACCCCGUGUCAAGUCUGUCAGAAGACCCUAGGACGAAGGUUUGGUAAACAAGGAUAUGAAUGUCGAGACUGUGGCUUCAAAUGUCAUAAACCUUGUCACGUUAAAACGGAUACAGUCUGUCCAAACUCAACUGUUAACAAUAUGGAUCUAGAAUACGUGAAGGAUCCUCGAGAAGAGAGGCGGAACAGGCUUAAGAAACUUAAGUCAACUUGAAACAUCUUGCCAAUGAAGUUUAGUGGAACACCCGGAAGUGUACUUAUAUCUUAAUGAGGAAAAUACACUAUAUACAAAUUCAUAAGUAUAAAAACUGUUGUAAUUUUUAUGGCUAUUUGUUCUGAUUAUAGCAGAGUUUAUCAAUAAAAACACUAAUUUUUUAUCUGAAACGUCAGUGAAAAGCAUGUACGGGUACUCUAUCGUACUUCUUCACGACUACAUAAUAAUUUUAGUUACUCGGCAGUUAUAUCCUGGUUCCCAUAGUGGAUCUGGGCUAUAGUCACUUCAAUAUUAAAGAAGAAAGCAACUCUAUUGUUGAAGAAAUAUCGACACUAAUUUUUUUAUUAGUACAUUAUUCUACUCUAUUGCACUCUAUCAUUUUAGUAGAAGCAGCUCACAAGUUCUAAUUACUUAAGAUUUGCAUCAUGUGAGCAAAUUGAUGUUGCACUGAUAUACUACUUGGUUUAAAAGUGAAAUUCUACAAGACUUCGAAACCCUAAAUUAUCUUAAUCUUCAAUUUAUCUGAAUUUUUCAUCAGGGACUUGUAACUCAAAUCAAAUAUGCAGUAAGGUAGAAUAAGCCACUCAUGAAAUCAUAAAUUCUUUAUAUAUAAAACUAAUCAUAUUGCAUAAUGUCAAUUUAUUGUGAUACUAUGUUACAGAUGAGCUUAUGAAGUUAUGCUAGCACUCUAUGUUUGUUGCGUACUCCCAGCUACUUUUGGUGAAAUACACUGAUGCCACUUCAGAUUCAGUGACAUUUACUGGCAGAAAAUAGUGUGGUCUAAAUGAUAAAUAGAAAGCUGUUGUAUGAAUGUCUUGAAUGCCUGUUAAAUAGUGUGGUUCUAGCAUUGAAUAUAAUGUGGGUUAUUUCACUAUUUUUCCAAAGCAAUAUUAUUGUUAAGUCUUUGCUCGCAUUCUUUAUCGUCAUUUUUUGUGUUUAUGAUAUGUGCAGCUCUUAGUAACAACUCAGUUUGAUUAGUAUAAAAUGUUUCUUAUGAAAUAGUUUAUUUAAAUUCAUCCACAGUACUUUUUAAAUUGUAACUAGUUAUUUUUUCAAUAACGUCUUCCUUUUUCUUUUUUUUCUAGUUCACAUAUUUUAAUAAUCUUAACUGUAUUCCUGUACCAUAACAGCAUACAAUUUUGCAGUUUUUCAUCUAAUACUAAUAAGUUUUACAUAUAUUUUUUGAUUUAACAAAGGAUGCUUUGUCAUAGAGUACAGAAAUCAAAGUUUAACUGUGAAAAGUGGUUUUCCUUAUUUGUUAUAAGGGUUUGUGAUGAUGAUACUGUAUUUUCUAGAUUAUUAAUGCAGUGAAUAAAUUUGUACAUAUCUUCUAUCCAGAAUACAUGUAUAGAGUUUAGCAUGGAAACUGGAGUUCAUAUUUCUAUUACAAAAUAGACAUGUGAACAUUGGUAGAGCCUUAUGUUAGUACUAUUACUUUGCCAAGUUUUGUGUCAUAGGAGGCCUUAUACGAAUCAUGAUUUCUAAGGAAAAACUUUAAAUUGUAUUUUUGGAUUCUUUGAAAUGCCUGGGGAACGUUUCGUUUUUUAAAUACUUUUGUGUACAGAACAAUUAGGUAGAAUAUGUUUACAUUUUCAUAUGUUUAGAUCAUAUUUAUAGACUGAAGAAAUACAGGGAUUAUUUUUUAACAAAAAUAUAUCACAUCUCUCAAUAAUACAUAUAUGUUGACUGUAUAUAUUUAUAUAUGUGCAGACUUGUGCCAUGCAUCUUAUUUAAAAUGACUGCUCGAAUGCACAGAUCUUGAAGUACGUUCACCUCUCCCAGAUGAAAGAUCUUCUAGAUAGGGUAUAGCUACAUUACCUAUAGAAAUUGCUGUAUUAACGUUACAAGUUGCACUUUUGUGAUUGCUAAUUCAUUUGCAAAAAGGAUUUUUUCUACAUAUAGCUUAGACCUUGCAUUAAAGUACACAAUUUAAAUAAACCAGUUCUAAACAUUUUCACAGAAAUUGUAUAUAUUUUAUUCUGUAUAGACAUUAUUUGUCAUAUAUAAAACUUGUACAGCUUUUCAGAGAACAGCAGUUUCAAUUUUGUAUUUUUUUAUUGCCUGUAAAGCUUUUCUAAAUUAGUGUUGCUAAAAAAGCAGGCCAGGUUCCCAGUUAUUCAGCCUGUUUUACUUCUGUUGAAAUUUACUGUGUACAUUUUUUUUGGCAUUUUUAAAUUAAACACAGAAAUAUUUCUUACAUUCAAAGAGUUUCUAUGCAAAUAAUUAUAGUUUCUUAAUGUAAGGAUUUGGAAUUACCACAUCAUGGGAUUCAAAAUCAAAUAUAAAAAUAGAAAAUUAAAUACAACAAAAAUUUAGGUUAAAAAAUUUAAGCUGCUUAGAGAAUUGUGAAACAUAAGAGAAAUAUUUGUUGUACAUUACUUUUUGUACUUCAUAUCUUCCAAGUAUCGUGGAAACCGACAACACUGAAGUUUCCUUUCACAAGUCACUGAAUAUAUAUAUAUGCUUCAAUUUCAUAGGUAUAAAAUGCUAUAUUCUACUGAGCUUGUUCCUUACAUUUACAAUUAUUCCUCUGAGAUCUGGAUUUGCCUGUUUUUAAGAAUUGUGCAGGUCACUUUAAAAGAAAAUAUUUUAUGUUGUUAUAGACUGUAUGUUUAGAAAAGGCUUACUGUUGAUUUGUCAGUACUUUUUUACGUGUCAGUGUAAGAUGUGCGAUUUAAUAAUAUCUUCCAAACCA